ACCAAGCACAUUCCCCCAUCCCACCCCGCAAUCCCAUCAAAUUACCAGCUGAGAAAGAACCUUGAAGAAAUCAAGAUGGAAUGGGCAAGGCAGAAAUACAACGAGCAAUAUGAAAUCUGGAUGCCGUGGAUCGAGGAUUAUUUUCUCAAGUACUUCACUAAAGACAACAAGGUCAGCUAUGCAGCAAAAGAGCAACUUGACAAGGCGAAAAUCACCGGUAUCGAACAAGUCGACACCAUCCAGGACGGUGUUCAUAGCUUAGCAGCCGGGCAAGUAGGGCAGGGCGGCCUGCUAGAGCCUGUUGGUAACCUUGUCUCGAAAGAAGGCAUUAACCGAGCUGAGCGAAAAGGGAAGGAUGAUCAGAACGGGUAUCUGCCGACUUCAGUUCCUGGGAUCUCAGGAUUGUUGAAAUAAGACUUACGCCUUUCGAUCGAAUAGGUGUCGAUAAUGACAGAAACGGCUUAGAAAAUCAGGGAAGCCGUCCGGAAAAGAGGGAUUCAGAUGGGUGUACCAUCUGGGUUAAUGAUAAUGGGAGGGGAAGGACCAUCAGCGUGUUGAUUGCCAUUUUUUAAUUCAUAUUUAUUUGAUUCUGCCUGGCUUUUGUCUUAGAAAUUGGGAGGGAGUCAGGCAAGUUGCAC